CCGACCAGAGACGUAAAGGUGUUUAGUAUGGCAUUGAUUUACGUCAGCUUGGACGGGGACAAAUGGCAAGAAUGGCCGAUAAAGUUUAGCACAAAGUCGGAGGCCAUUAAGGACACCGCUGUAAACAUAACCAUCAAUCUGAAGAGCAGGGUGGGUCGGUAUAUCAAGAUAUGUCUCUAUUUUUCUGCUCGAUGGAUACUCAUCAGCGAGGUCUCCUUUGAGUCUGAAUUGGUCGCUGUGAACAUAACYGAGGGAUUGCUAUCGCAGUUCUACACUCAAAAGGAAACUGGAUACGAACUUCGCCAGAGCGGAGAUACGACGCACACGAGGAAGGAAGUUACUACAGGACCCAGUCCGGGCAACAGCACGCAGACGUAUGUGGGUCUGGUCACGGGGUCACUGGCCAUGACCGUGCUGCUGGUGGCCGGCGUGGCUGUCGGGCUGGCGCUGAAACGUGGCCGGCAGAAGGUGGCGCUGCUCCAAUUCAAACAGGCCACGCUCGGGGCGCCCAAGCAGCAGUCAAUCAACAUGAAGCACCUGAAGAAAGGGUCCAAGUCCACCGUCGGGUCGUCCUCGUUGUAUGGCCGGAGCGGAGCCAUGCUGUCUGGCGGCAUCGGCAUCGGUCUCGGCGUCGGCAGCGGCGUCAUUGGUGGUGGUCGCGUCGGCGGUCACGUCGGACACGAGUCCGAGGACAGCGACAACUCGUCCGUGUACCACGAGCCGUACAAGCGGUUGCCAUCCGGAAAGAAUCACGAUUAUGCGCCCACCACGUUCCUGUUCAAGAAGGACGUGUCAGCGUUGACCACCAGCAAGAGUAGCGAAUACACGGACUUUACGAGCGUCGGCAGUUUCGGGCAAGACGACGUCAAAUAUUCGUCACCUUCGAUGUACACGCUGAACCCGCCACCACCACCCAGCAGCAGACCACCGCCGUUGUUGCAGCAGCAAUCCGAACAGCUGAACAAAUCGUUGCCAGCCAAUCUGCACAACUACUACGCGGCCAUCGACAUAAUCAAAACGGAACGCAAAGAGCAGCACUUCACRCCGGGUGUGUUCACGUGCAUGAAGCUGCCGGAAGACAAACAGGACGAGUGCAGUCAGACGUCGCUGUACGAGAUAUCUCGGAACCGAUUGCGAGUGAUCGAAAAACUAGGCGAAGGCAAUUUCGGAAUGAUCCACUUAUGCGAAACGGACGGGAUACCCGAGUACAAUGCCGCAUCGACGUUCCACAAAAGACAAGUGAUCGUCAAAUCGCUUCGGCGUGGCUGUGGCGAACAAAACAAACAAGACGUGAUGAGGGAGACAAAGUGCUUGUACACCGUCCGGGAUCCAAAUUUGGCACGAAUCGUGGGCGUGUGCAGUCCCGACGAGCCCCUGUGCAUUAUACAGGAAUAUUGCGAAUACGGUGACUUGCCGAGUUUCUUGAAGGUCCAAACUACAGAAUCCACUGAAGCUCAUCCGACAAUCAAUUACGGAUGCUUGCUGUACUUUGCCACGCAGAUCGCAUCGGGCAUGAAACAUUUAGAGGGUAAGGGGAUCGUUCACAGGGACUUGGCCGCGAGAAAUUGCUUGGUGGGCAAAAACUAUUCGAUAAAGAUAUCCGAUCAUGCGUUGUACUGCAGUCAAUACGAUUCGGAUUAUUACGUUAGUGACACUAAGUCGAGAUUGCCGAUCAGAUGGAUGUCAUGGGAGAGCCUGCUUUUGGGCAAGUACACGUCGAAAAGCGACGUCUGGUCGUUCGCGGUUACCCUAUGGGAGAUACUGAUGUUCUGCAGCCAUCAGCCACUGGCGGAGCUGACCAACGAACAGGUGGUGGAGAACGCCAACCACAUGUACCUAGCCAACGGCAAGCACAGGUACGCGGAACCGCCGCCCAGCUGCCCGCGCGAAAUGUACGAAAUCAUGGCCGAGUGCUGGAAGCGCGGCGACUCGGACCGGCCGAAGUUCUCGGAGAUCCACCUGUUCCUGCAGCGCAAGAACCUAGGGUACAUACCGGUGAUAUGAUCGGACAUGCACUGCUGCCGGCACACCCACGACACACCACCCACACCGCUACACGCACCCGCACCGCCCUCCCCCCGACUGCUACCGCGGUAGGUACGUCGUCGCAAUAACGACAAUUUCUUUUCUUAUAUUGUUAACCCGAUAACGGUGAGACGGCGAUGAAGCGUAACGUUGUUUCGGACAUCCGGGUAGGUGACGAAUUCAUUUCCCCUGACACCCCCUUACACGCGGUAAAUGUCCGAAUAUCACACAUGUGUAUCCCCCACGAUAUCUGUUUAGUAUGCACAUAUCACCGCGCGUAUGCCGAUCGCAUAUCCUACACCCUUCGCAAAACUGAUUCGGAAUAUUUUCGGGUUUUAAUGAUGUAUAAUAAUAAUUACUGUUCCUUGGUUUUCUUGAUCAUCGUCCGUCAAGAAUGUUGCCCAUUAAACGGGUGUGAACACCCAUCUGAUAUAAUAUUGUCUUCUCACCGUCGAGGUAAUUAUAAUGAUUAUUAUUGAUAUUAUUACUACUAUAUAACUA